GCAGUAUUGACAAAUAGCUAUUACUUAUCUACUUUUCUCUCUCUCUCUCUCUCUCUCUCUCUCUCUCUCUCUCCAUUUUUCUUCUAAUACAACUUCAAAAAAACCCCAUUUCAAAACCAGUUUCCAAACCUUUUCUUCCUUCUUUCUUUCCCUUCUCAUCAAUGGCAUCAAAGAAAAUUUUCCAAGCAAAAAGAACUGUCAAUAACUACAUUUUUGUAAACCCAGAGACUGAUAUUAAUCAAGUGAUAAGUUCUGAUCACAAUCUUUUUGAAUUUGAUGAGUCUGAUAUUUGGAGUAAUAAUUCAAGUUCAGUUUCUCAGUUUGAAUCCAAGAAAAUACUGCCCACUUCACGUCAAUCCAAGAAAGGUGGCGGCAGAAAUAGUUUGGGCCGGCUUCCGGUGUCUUGCUCCUCCUCAGUGCCUGUGAACAUACCAGAUUGGUCCAAGAUUUAUAAGGAAGAUCAAUACACAAGGCAUAAUAAAGAUCAAGAUGAUCUAGAUCAAGAAAGUGAUCAUUAUGGUGAUGAUCGUGAUGACGAUGAUCGCGAUGGAAGAGUUCCUCCUCAUGAAUAUUUAGCAAGAAAAAGAGGAGCUUCAUUUUCUGUUCAUGAAGGUAUAGGGAGGACAUUGAAAGGAAGAGACUUAAGGCAGGUGAGAAAUGCAAUUUGGAAGAAAGUUGGUUUUGAAGAUUAAUAAUUAAUUGAGAAUAGAAAUAUUUUAUAGAGAGAAGGAUAGUUAUAAUUAUGUUCUGCAUAGAAUUGAGGAGGAAGAGGAGAAUGAUGAUGAUGAUUAUGCAUUAAUUUUCUCCAUUAGGGUAAUAUUGUUUAAUGGUUUUUGUAUUUAAUUGUAUCUGUCUUGUUUAAAUUAGGGUUACUUAAUUAAUUAAUCCUCUCUGGUUAUUGGUAUUUUGAAGAAUGUAUAAUCAGAGGAUGAUCAAAGAUGAUGACUUUUGUGUUGUAAUUUUUAGAUAUAUUCAGAUAAUUUUAUUGUAGUUGUUCCUAAUUUUUA